GCCGCAAAUACUGAAUAAUUGUCUCGUGGAAAGAAGCAAACAAAUGACAAUUGAAAAGUAGUCUAUGAUUUUGGUUCGAGUCCCUGGAAGUUCUCUUCAUGUAUUGGAGAAUUUUUCUGGUUCUUUCAUGUAUUCUGAUGCUUGGAGAAUGUCACCAAAUAGGUUAUUCCCAUCCCAGUAUUUAUACAGUACAAGUUCCCAGAGGACCCGAUAUCCAUGUGAUAUUUGGAAGUAAGGUGGAAGUAGAUAACCGUACCUUAUACAAGGUCUUUUCCACAACCUUAGUUCCUCCAGUGAAUAUAACAGCAGAUAUUCCAGAUUGCAGAGAAUCUGGCUUUGAAGAAACUAGUUUGAAAGUAAAUGAUACUUUGCUGGAUACAAGUUUCGUUCCCAGUUUAUGUCCUCCAGAAAAUGUUUCGUUGACAGAAGGAAGAGUCUAUGAGUCUGUUCAAGGAGGUCAUCGUAUUCAGUUUCAAGGAUAUUUGGAAGAAAGCUCGUUGGAACCCUUUUUGCAAGAUGACGCUCCUGCUUCUUUCCUUACUCAGAUAGGACAAGUGCGACCGGAAGUUUCUCGUUCGUUUGAUAGUCCUGGUUUACACGUCGUGACAAUACCUGAACAUGUCCACAAAGCCAGAGGUUUGGUUAUUGGUGGAGGUGGUGGAGGUGGUGCUGGAGGUUCACGAGUAACGCCUUGUUCUGCUAUUCCCGUUGGUGGAGGUGGUGGUGGCGCAGGUGGCACCGCUUUUGGAGAUACAACUGUAGUACCUGGAAGGAAGCAGAAGCUGUUCGUUGGUAAAGGUGGAGAUGGAGGCAACCCAGGAUAUGGAGGAACAGGCGGAGAAAGUUCGACUUUCAUCGACUUGUCUGGUAGCGGUGGUAGAGGUGGUAACCCUGGUAGUACGAGUGGUCCGGGUAGUGGUGGCGCCGGUGGUAGUGGAAGUGGACCUACUGUAAAAGUUGGAGGUUCUGGAGGCAAUGGAGCAACUUCACGAGGUGGUUCUGGAGGGAAACCAUACGAGUACGAGUUGUAUUCUAAUGGAGAAGGAGGCACAGGAGGAAGUUACUUCGGAGAUGUUGGUCAACCUGGCAAAAAUGGUCUCGUUCACAUUGUUUUUGAACCUUCUUCUUCUGUCAUGGAUUUGGAACAUUUUCAGGAAGAAUAUGAAAAACUAGCUCAACCAUGUGGUUUGUUUUCGGUUAUUGCAGGAGGUCCCUUACAUUUAUAUGAGUCUCCUGAUGACGACAGUGAAACUUUUAGUGACUAGAUGGAUGUUUUGUGAUAAACAAUAGUUGCGUAUUUUGUUGUAUCUCAAUUGAAAUUGAGUACAUCAUUUACCUUUA